UUACAUUUAAAAUGCUUGUGUAAUAUUUAAAAAAAAUAAAACCUGUAUAAUUGUCUUUCAUUUUAUUCUAGUAUUCAUUGGAAGUGUGUUGCCGAAAUGUUUGUCCUGAAUUCUUUGUCGGUGAUGGUUGUUCUGUUGUUUUAUUUGAAACUGUGCCACAAAACAAGAUUUUCCCACGGGAAUUAUCAUAAUAGAGUCUUAAUGUGAAAUAUGAAAAGUUAAAUACAUCGUAGAGUAAGUGAAGAAAAAAAACAGCAAUAAAUUAACAGCAGCGCGCCGAUCAAUCAUACGAUGUAAUAGUACAAUGUACAGCAAUGCUAUAGAUUGUACAUGAAAUAAUAAAUAUACACGUCCACGAAAAGCUAUACGCAGCACAGCUCAAGUCAUGUUAUAGUACCAGAAAUGAUACCGAGUUACUUCCACCCCGAUAAAGCAACCAACCAGUCACGCAGUACCUGUCUUCCCCGACAGAUGGCGCAGAUAUUGGACUAACUAGGGCCGUGCGGACCAGAGGCGGACAGAGCUGCCUCCUCGGAUUCUCGCCACCAAUAGGAUAUUGGAGAGUAUUUUCAGAGCGGUUAAUCUUUCACACAGUUUGUGAUCUGUAAAGACCAACAUUUCCUCACGGCGCUCGAGGGUUUUACAAGACACGAGCGUCGUCCUCCCGAGCAGUGAAAAAAAAGAGAUCUCAUGCCAAAGAUUACAUUUGGUCACCGAGUAAAAUGAAACAAAAGUUUUCCGCUUUGGGGUGUGUGUGUGUGUGGUGAGGGGUCGAUUUGCUGAUUAAAAACACGUUACAUCUAAAUAUAGCACGAUGCUAAUCACGGCUUUACAUCCCGCGAUGAAAACGUACUGAAUGUUGUGGUCCCGCAAGUCAGUGCGGCUGCUCCGCCUGGUCCAACAGAACCUCAUCUUCCGGCAGAACCGCAGGCACGUUGCUAGCCCUCAACUCAAACGCUGCGAAUCGUUUUGGAUGACAGCCGUUUGACACUUGGGCGCGCUGAGUACACUUGCAGGGUUCAAGUUUGUGCUCCCACGGCGCUCGGAUUGGGGUCCCUUUCAGCUCCCCGGUAAGGUUACGCAGCCCCCCAGCAGGCACAGGGCUGCAUGUGCACAGAGAGAGAGAGAGAGAGCACUUCCUCAUUGCGGACCAAUCGCGGAAGGAGACGGCCGUCAUGUGACUUCCCUAUUUCCACCCUCCCGAGUCUGUGUUGCUGUGUCCAGGUUGUGCUCUGCUGCGGAGAUGGUCGUUUUGAAAGGAAUACCGUCUAUCAUUUCUCCAGACCUGUUGUAUGCGUUGGCGAAAAUGGGUCACGGCGAUGAGCUAGUUCUUGCAGAUGCGAACUUUCCUACUUCCUCCUCGUGCCGGUGUGGGCCGGCUGAAAUCAGGGCUGAUGGCCUGCGUAUUCCAGAGCUCCUGGGAGCCAUAUUGAAGCUGUUUCCACUCGACACUUGCGUCCCUUGUCCGGCGGCCGUGAUGGACGUGGUGGACAGUGACAAGCAGAAAGGGGUGAAGGUGCAUGUGUGGGACGUGUAUCAGGAGCUUCUGCAUCAAGCUGGAUCGGAUAAACCUUUAGAAAAGCUGGAAAGGUUUGCAUUUUAUGAACGGGCUAAGAAAGCAUUUGCUGUUGUCGCCACAGGAGAGACCUCCUUGUAUGCUAACCUGAUCAUCAAGAAAGGUGUCAUAGGAGCGGAAGACUCCUGCUGACUGGAAAACUGCCUGUGACCUCAAGCUCAGGGUCCCGGGACAUCUUAAAAAAGUGAGGUUCUUGUCAGUCUGCAAGCAGGGAGAGGUUUUUUAAGAAAAGUUCAUUUGGUCGGAACCCGAAACAAGGCAAACAGUUACCUGCACAUUAAAUAAAAUCAGUCUUCUAACAUAUUCAAGGGAUGCACCAGUUUAUACAGUAUAUACAUAUUGUAACAUUGUUCAACAAAAGUUGUCUAAUGCAUUUGCAAUAAAUGUUUAGCUUUCUGGGGGGCAAGAGUUUCA